CGUCAGCUACUCCUGAACAACCCGCACAAUGCGGGAGGGCCUUUUGGGUAAAUCCAUAAUUUUCUCUUUCUCGCCAUCCUCUCACCGAACCGCCCCAGCCAUCAGUGCAGAGUUCAGACCCUUCGUCUCUCUCACCUUCCUCCCUCAAGAAAUCCCUACCAUCAUGCGUUCUGCGUUGCCCUUUUCCCUUUGGCGUCGUCGCUUAUGUGUUCCUCUUCAAUCACGUCGCCGCUUCGUCCUCCCUACCUUCAAUCCAUUCCCAUCGCCGCACCGUCAAUCCCGAAUUCUGAUAUUUAUAUGCAAUCCGAAGUUCCUUCCUCUAAUUCUACUAAAUAGCAACAGUUCCUCCCUCAACCCCGCUAUCGGGAAUCAUUUUGCAUUCAAGCAUCGGUGAGUCCUCGCCGCCCCUUGGCCUUCCUUUUCCGCUGCUAAUUUCUUCCUUCAUGCAAUUUUACUCAAUAACAUAGCUUCUUAGUGAGCCAAAAAAAUGCUCCAGGAAUGAUUUAUGUGGUAAAAUAAGCUUCCUUUUGAAAUCAGCAGCUUUGGAUUUGGUGAUGAAGGAUCUGGGUGUCACGAAUUUCAACCAAUGGACUUGGUGUUGAUCAAUUCAGAGGUAAGCGUUCUUUAGAAUCAAUUCAAAACAAAAUCUGACAUCUUACUUAGGCUCUAGGUUCUUGUGGGUUCUUUGUGUUCUAGGGGAAAGAUAGUUAAGCUAUAAUUUCUCAUCUCUUGAUUCGUAAAUUUGAAUCAAGAAUGAGAGAGCAAGAAUUCUAUGAGAUUAGACAUUUCAAAGUUUCUCUAAAAUAGAACCAAUUCAGGCACGUUUUCAAUCUUUUGAUGUUAGAGUUUGAUUUAGCCACCUUGGUACAAUUCAAAUUGUCUGAAGCAUACCCUCCAUCAAUUUCAACCUUUUCAAACACUCUGAAAUAAUGAAGAAGUUGUAUGAUGAGAAGAAUCCAUCAAGUAAGGUGGUAUUUCCUGUGACGUUCAUCGAUAAAUCGUACUUAUUUUAAGGUUCUAAUGUUCCCCUGUACCCCAGAUGUGACUGGGCAAUCGGUUUAGUAUUUUCCAGUCACCUCAAAAACAUCAAACAAUGGAAAGAUACCGCAAUCAAACUAAUUUUGUAACUUUAACUCACUUCUUCCCUUUUUCAUUGAUUUCGUAGUGAACCAUCACCAAUUGAUUUAAUUGCUUACUUUGCUUUACUGUGGUUAGUUAAUUGCUAACAGAGGGGAGAUGGUAAAGAUCACUUUGUGGGGAACUGUUGGAAACCAAUUGGAUGAAAUUAUAUCUCACAGUGAAGGGCAACAAUUCUUAUGCCUGUUGCUUUUGUGUUGUUUAUGAAUUUAAAGGCUUUAGUAAAUCAAAAUUCUUUUUGCCAUCUUUCUUUGAAAAUCUGAGAGUCGAAACUAAUUAUGUCAUUACUUUUAUUUAAGGGGAGAUUUGCAUGUCAUCAAUAGGGCGCUACACUUUCGAAGGCAAAGAUGGAUAUUCUAGAAGUUCAUCAAUUUGAUAUUGGGGUUGCCAUUCUUUUGUUACUUUGUUGCAUGAAAUCAUAAUAUUAAUUUGAAUUAUGAUAAGAGGUCAAGACCAUGUAUGAUUGUAUUCUGGGGAUAAAAAGCUCAAUGCACCUGUUUUGAUUAUUGAUAAACUAGCUCUUAAGGUUCUAAACAUUUACAUAGCUCAGCUCAAUGAAUUCAAAAAUAUGGACGAGCGUAUUGUAAUCUUUUUUCUAUAGAAUUUGGAAUCAUUUGAACACUUCUGAUUUAUCUGUUAUUAAGUUACUUGCUACGAAUUUUCAGGAGAAAGUGUUUGCUGUAGAAGGCCAAGUGAUUCAAGUACAAUCUAAUUGGUGCGACAUGGAGUGUCUUGAAUGCCCUCACAAAGUUGAAGAGGAUUGGAGUACUUUCGCAGACACUAUAAGAAAACUUCUUAAAUUGCAAAAGUCAAGUAAGCCGAUCAACUAAUUCAGUUUUUCGACAAACUGCAUCUUUCAAAUUUAGUUUUUAUUGUCUGAUAUGUGUUAUGAAAUUGAUUCACAUGGAGAUAUUGGCAUACAGACUCAUGUCAUUGUUGACUUUAAUUCCAUUAGUCAUAGGUGAGAGUAAAACUCCAUAUGCAAGAUAAUUCUGCUGAAGCUUAUUUGCAAUUUUGGAGAGUGAAGGUCCCCAUUUCUUUGGUGUAAUGACUGGAGUUUUCUUUUUUAUAGAGACCUGUUACAAGGUGCUACUAAUGGCUGGAGUUUAAUUACAAGCAAAUUAGAGGAAGAAAAAAUCAAAUCCUUCACAAGUCCAGCAAGUUGUUAACAUGAAACUGAAAUUGCAUGUUAAACUUACUCAGUGUUGAACCCUCAAACUGAGUAUUAUGUAGUUAGCGUGGAGCACGAUUCACUUGGGGUAAGUGAUUAACAUUUGAGCGCUAAAGCAAUUUUAUUACCUAUCAGUUACCGCCUUAGUUUCAUCAUUUUCAUUUCUUUGAUUACUCUAAUUUCACUGCAGCCAAUGAGUCAGACAUCAAGCCAAUCCCUCACAAGUGCAAUACCUAUCUCGAAGAUAACUUCCUAGACUUCUCAUGACAACAACCAAAGAGAUGAAACAUAUUUGGUUGCUGCAAACUUGGAGGAAACUAGCAACAUUGUUGCAAGCCAUGAAGAUCUUGGAGAGAGUGCUUAAGGAGAUUUAAAAGGGAACAUUGGGUCGACUCUAACACCAAGGAAGAAAAGUACUAUUGUUGGGAUCAUUAUGUAGUUAAGAUCCACGUUAUGAACCUUAUAGUUUUAGAGUGUGUUUUUCACCUAUGAGAUGUUCGUGAAUUGCUUAGUGUUCAUAAAAUUUAGAUUCUUAGAUUAUCCAUAAUUUUAUUUAUCAUUUUCAUAGACAAUUGGAAUUUCAAGUUAACAAUAAUAAUUUAUUUGUGUUACCAUCUCUUUUUUCCAUUUGCAUGAAAAGUUUUAAGUCCUCUCCUUCUAAACAAAAAUUAAUUGCAAUAGACAUAACUAAAAUGAGGUUUAUAUAGAAGAGCAUCACGAUAAAAACAUUAGUUAAAUGCACCAUCAGCAAAUAACUUUUCACCUGUUUGCCAAACCCGUACUUUCCAAUGUUGUACCAAUACUUACUGACGAAAUUGUCGAAGUUACAAAUUCAAAUUGCUUGAGUCGUAUGUAUUGUUUCAGGAUUUUAUACUACAUUAGCCAAUAUAAUACAACAUAGUACACAUUCCAAUUUUAUACUACACCGGCCAACGGGCCGGGCCCAUUGCUAGUUAUUAUUAUUUUUCAGGGUUAGUUAAGUUAUUAACAUUUGAAAUUGAACUCUACAAAUUGUUGUUUCUACUAAAAACCAAUACCUUUGCUAAAACGCCUAGACAUCAUCUAGGUUCCGCCUAAAUUUACUAGACGCUAGAUAGUGACCCAAUGCCUGCCUAGCGGCCAACACCUUCUCAAACCUUGGCAAUGAGUAAGUUACAGGACACAUGAAGAUUGGUUUAUAUAGGACUACAGUGGAAGUAGUUGAGCUUGCAAUAUUAUCUUCCUAGCUGGAUCUUUUGGAAAGAGGUAUAUGAGGUCAUAGUAAAAAUAACUUGAGUUUGUUGAAAAUUAGAUCUUAAAUCAUGGACUUACACUCUCGUUUAACCAUAUUAUCAAAGAUUUGGCCAUUAAUACUACCACUGGAUUUCAACCUUAAUAUUCCAAAUUCAUUUCUUAAUUAACCCCUAACAAUAAAAUUAAAAACACCAUAUAUCAUGCUUAACCCAAAAGAAAGAAAAUAUUCAAAACCUCGUCAAAACACACUAAUUCUAUAAGUCGAUUCAUCCUAGUAAUUCGACUUGUUACGAGAGAUCCAAAAUUGGGCUCUUCCCUUUUUAAUCAUUCCAGCAACCGUAGGCUUCUACACAAUUAGCUCUUACGUAAUACACCAGCCUGGUUGACCUUCAUGAUAGUUGGUGGUUUGUCAUUUUCUUGCAAGUUUCUCUACUUUCUUUUAUGUGUAGUCUUUCAACUGACCAUGAUACGUUUAUGUUAUUUGCCGAGGCAGAUAGAAUAGCUAGAAGAAUACCAACACCAUCAAGGCAGCAAGCUGGUCAGGAAGUGAUCAGGAAUUUUAUCAAGUCCAGGAGAGACGGUACGAGCACGAGCAAGAGCGCGACAUAAUCGACAUAGACUCCCUGCGGAAGUGGGCUGCUGUGCUGGCAAAGAGAGGAACCAGGUGGACGAUGUUUCGUGUUCCCCAGUUGAUGUACCAAGUCAACCCACUGGCAUACACUCCUCAGUUCUGUCUCCAUCGGGCCUUUCCACUGCCACAGAGGCAACGUCGCCGCGCCUUCUAACCAUAGAAACGCGGACCUGCAAGCCAUGGAGGGCCUCAAGCGAGAGUGUUCAUGCUCCGCCUACUAGAGAGGACAAAGUACGUCGACCAUACCUUCCACGAGUGUAAGGAUGCCGUUGAUGGAGUCAUUGAGGUGGUACGUAACAGCUACUACACAGAGCUGGAUAUAUCCAGCGAGCUCCUCUCCAACGUCAUCCUUGUCGACGCCUGCUUUCUACUUGAAGUCUUCUUUACAAACAUUGGCAUCAUGAACAGCGGUAUCAGAAGUGGUGACGAGGAUUUCAUGUCGGCAAAUGAGUACAAGAAGAUUCUGACCUCUUCAGGACUUCGACGUGACCUAGCGCUGCUUGAAAACCAACUGCCUUUCUUCGUGCUCGAACGUCUGUUUGAAGUCAUCUGUCGUUGCUUAGAAGAGCCAAUUGGUAUACAAGGCAUCUCUCUCCCUGGAAUUGCAUUCUCUAUCUUCAAACGUGACUUCAACUGUCACCAUAAGGUCUUCAGAUUAGGAACUGCAAAAGAGCAUCCAAACUAUAGGCAUCUGCUUGAUCUGAUAUCCAACUACACUCGUCCUUCAUCGUCUUCGUCACCUGAUCCUGCUCUUUCUCCUCGUCCUCUUCCUAUGUCCCAACAAUCACCCACAGUGCAUCUACGUAAUGCUAAGAAACUGAGUGAAGCAGGAAUACAUUUUGAAAAGGCAGAGGAGAACAUGUUGCUGGAUAUAGAAUUCUGCAGCGGAGUUUUCCGAAUCCCACCAUUGGUGAUCAACGAGUGCACUGAAUCACUCUUGAGAAAUCUCAUGGCUUUUGAGCAUAACUCCUGCAAUCCCGAAGACCCAACUUACCCGCAUGACGAGUACUGUGCGUCUCACGUGUUCCUGAUGGAGCGACUCAUCAGCCACAAAGAAGACCUUGAUACAAUGGAAAGCAAAGGAAUUAUAAUCAAUCAAAUGGGAGGUAGGGAAGACACCUAUAAGAUAUUCCACAACAUAAGCCAGAACUUUGUUUUGAAGAAUUUCUAUUUCGGUGAGUUAUGCAGCAGCAUUGAAGCCUAUUGCGAGUCUCGGAGGAAUCGAUGCUUGCUGGAGUUGAGAAAAAAACACCUCAAGAGCCCAUGGACAACCUUAUCAGUGGUUGGUGGUACUAUCCUUCUCAUCUUCACUGCCAUCCAGACGAUCUACACUGUUCUCAGUUACUUGAAUCGCUAGUAGCUAGUAACCACACUGUGAUUCAUGCUUUAGCAUAUUCCAGACUCCGAGCUUCACUUCACUUGCUUAUUUUUGUGUGAUUCAAGGAAUUAGUGCUUAUUGAACUCUUUACCUUUUGUGUACUCCAGAAGAAAACAUUAAGAGGCAC